GCGGUGGUGGGGGGGCGGGGGUCAGAACCUAGGAAGGAGAGAAGCUGGCUGCGAAGAUGGCCGACGGGGACAGUGGGAGUGAGCGCGGUGGCAGCAGUGGUGGUGUAGGCGGCGGGUUUCAGCACUACCAGCGGGAUCAGGAGACCCAGGAGCUGGCCUCAAAGCGACUGGAUAUCCAGAACAAACGCUUCUACCUGGAUGUAAAGCAGAAUGCGAAGGGCAGAUUCAUCAAAAUUGCCGAGGUCGGCGCCGGGGGCUCGAAAAGUCGGUUGACCCUUUCCAUGUCAGUCGCCGCCGAGUUCCGUGACUACCUGGGGGAUUUUAUAGAGCACUACGCCCAACUUGGGCCUAGCAGCCCCGAGCAGAUCGCUCAGUCAUCCGGCGGGGAUGACAGUGGGCCUAGGCGGGCCUUGAAGAGUGAGUUCCUGGUUCGAGAAAACCGAAAAUACUACCUCGAUCUGAAAGAGAACCAGCGGGGGAGGUUCCUCCGCAUCAGGCAGACCCUCAACCGAGGCCCCGGGUUCGGAGUAGGAAGUGGCGGAAUCCCGGGUGGCAUGCAGUCCGGACAAACCAUCGCCCUCCCGGCCCAAGGGUUAAUAGAGUUCCGUGACGCCCUAGCCAAACAUAUAGACGACUACGGAGGAGAUGACGAGGAACUUGCCGGUGGCGGAAGAGCAGGGGGCUACAGCGAGCUUCCGGAGGGCACCUCCAUCAUGGUGGACUCCAAACGUUUCUUCUUCGACGUCGGGUCCAACAAAUACGGAGUUUUCAUGAGGGUGAGCGAAGUCAAACCCAGCUAUAGAAACUCUAUCACUAUCCCGUUCAAAGCGUGGGGCAAGUUUGGAGGCGCGUUCUCCCGUUAUGCCGAUGAGAUGAAAGAGAUACAGGAGAGACCGAAGGAUAAAAUGUUUGAAAGGAGACCAGGAGGAGAAGAGUCGGAGGGAGACGAGGUGGACGACGAUUGAUUGAUCAAGCCGGCUGUGUAAUCUGAUCAAGCUGUCUGACAACGUGAUGCCAAGCUUGGAUAGAAGAAGAUCUAUUUUGUGCAUGACGUAUGAAUCGAACCUAAAUUAUAAAAAAAAAUAGUGGAGUACAUAAAGUAUAUUUGACUGAGCAAAACUGUCUAUAUAAGAGAAAUGCGUUAUAAAGGUUAGAUCUAUGUUUUUUUAUUAACUUUUAUUUAAUCAGAGGAGCCUAUUGAGACCAGAGUCUCAUUUUCAAUGGUGCCCUGAGGACAUAAAAUAAAAGAUAAAACUACAAGAUAGAAUAACAAGAUACAAUAACAAAUACAUUACAUUAAAACAUCACAGGCAUCAUAAAUAAAUAGUUAAAGUCAAUCAAUCAAAACAGUUACACACCUCAGUGAACUCAUUUAUCAUCAGGGUUUUAAACUGCCCUGGUGGCACCAGGUAAUUUGUGCUAGCUAAACAUUUAAAGACUGCAUUAACUAGUUGGCUCAUAUGAGAUUUUCCAUUGAUAAAAAAUAAAAUAAAAUAAAAAAUAAGAUUGUCCAUGUAAUAAGUAACCCCACUCAUGUAGCUAGCCCAGCAAAUCCAGUCUCACAAUGUUUCAGAACAUGACAUUAGGCCACUGGUCUCUUUUACCGGUAGAAUAUCUAUUUUUAACUUUAAACAACUCACUUGGACCGGAACUAUGUGCUGUAUAUAAUAAGAAAAAAGUUACAAUGUGGUGUUGCUGAGCAAAGAGAUGUGAAACUCAGCUUAUCUAAUACAUUGCUGUGUGUUCUGUCUUUUAAGUGGCUUGUACAGUCAGAGAACAACUGUAUUGUUUUGGAAGAAUUUGAAUCAUUGUUCUAAGUAGGACACAGAAUUGGGCAUAGACAGAACAGUGAGAAAAACAUAGCCUGGUCCCAGAUCUGUUUGUUCGGUCUUGCCAACUCCUGGGACCAGGCUAAGCAAGACAAACACCAAAUCAGCAUCAGUGCCCUAGUAACAGAAAGAAGUAAACAGCCCCAUUGGUUGGUUGGGGAAUCAUUGUGACCACAUGAGUGGCUGCAUGCAGUGUGUCAUGAAUUGAAAAGCAGGGGAUUCCCUCACCCUCCUUAAGGCUAUAAUGCUGCACAUCUCCCAUAUUAGAUGGUUGUUAUACUGGUUCUAUGAUCUUUCCAUACAGUCUAUGGUUCUGUCUUUUGGCCUGUGUGCCUGUAGGAAUGAAUAUGAUCUAUCUAUGGACAUUUUACUAGGACGAGACCUGUGCCUGCCCUGUAUUGUCAACCACAAGGAUGGGAGGGAGUCUUGAAUGUCAAAUCCAGCAACCUGUUAGAUCUUGGUGACUCCGAAGGAAGAUGGCUUAAGCUAGGAUGACUGGCUCUGGUCAUUUUUUUAGGGCUGGUUUCCCGGACACAGAUUAAACCUAGUCCGGGACUAAACUAUGCUCAAUGCAGAAUCUCCAUUGAAAUAUAUUUUCAGUCCAGGACUAGGUUUAAUUUCUGUCUUAAACCAGGUCUUCCAUUGAUACUGGAAUCGAUCAAGUCAUAAAGGGAUUUGCCUUGAUGACUAGUGUAGGAUUAUAAGUCAUUUGGGUCCUUAAUUCUUGAACUUGGAUCAUUAACAACUAAAAGAAACAUCUGUUUCUUGUAAUAUUGGUGCUGUCUUAAAUGUACUGUAGGGGAUAUUAUACUUAAAAAUAUCAAUUAUAGAUAUAAUUAUUUUUCAAAAGAAAUAUAUAGAAAUAUGUCUAUUAGAUGAUAUCUAUAUGUAAAAUGAAUUGAGUAUUGCUGCCUAAACUAAACUGGUGUAAGCUAUUUAAAACACUAAAGCUUGGAUGCAAUCAUCCAGGCAGACUUCUAACAUUCAUUUAUUCCCUGAAUGAAAAAUGAAGAGCAUAGAACACAAUAGUGAUGACAUUAACAAACAGAUUUAUUUUUUAAUUGUACACAAUGCACUUCGAAUCCAGUCCCAUUCAAGUAGUCUGUCUCUCAAUCUGUCCUCACUUCCAGUCCAUUGGACAGAAAGAAUAUCCAUCAAGCCCCUUCUCUCAAUCCAUCAGUUUUCAAUUUUCUCUUUCAAGUUGGUACUCUUUCAGCUGACAUUAACAUGUGACUAAACACCAUCCAGGCUUGUUAAUUCAGUGGUUGGUCCUCUAAGUAUUUUAACAUGUUGCAUGCCUCCUCCUGUAUAGGACUGCCUUGUGUUCUUUUAUUUUCCAUUAUAUUGAUUGCUGUAUGUUGGUGUUUAUAAAAAAAAAAAAAAAAGUUUGGGACAAUGAUCAAAAGUUUAAUUCUGGUCAACAUACAUACAAAAAGUAAUGGCAUUCAUAACCUUAUUCAGGAAAUUACAUAAUUGUCAACAACAACAACCAUCACAUUUCCCUCUGUGAGCCUUCUCCUAUUAGCUUUACUUUACCCUACAGCAUAGCAGGAGAGAAUUCGUCAUACAAACAACAUCUGGGAGCAAUAGUUUUUUUUUCUACUGAUAUACAAAUAUUAUAUAUACACAUGACUUUGAACUACAACUUUAUUCCUGUAUUGUGUUCCAUGAAAUGGCAGCUGUUUCCCUUGUGAGUUCUGCUGUAAUAUUCUACCAAGUUCCUUUCAACGGUAAAUAAAAAAGUUCUUUGCUGAG